AUGACGGAGCUUGCUAUCAUCGGUUCCGAUAUCCAGGAGGUCAUAGGUACUGCUAUUGCCAUCAAUAUCCUCUCGAAUGGCGUGAUUCCACUGUGGGCAGGUGUUCUCAUUACAGCGGUCGACACAUUCACAUUCUUGUUCCUCGAGAACUACGGUAUCAGAAAGCUGGAAGCAUUCUUCUGCUCACUGAUAUCUAUCAUGGCUAUCACAUUCCUGGUGGAAUACAUCAUCAGUAAACCCGACCAAUUCCAAGUAUUCAAAGGUUGUGUAAUCCCUUACGUCACGCGAAGUAACGUAUCGGAAGCAGUCGGUAUUCUAGGUGCUGUCAUCAUGCCUCACAAUAUCUAUUUACAUUCUGCAUUGGUACAAUCUAGAGAUAUUCAAAGAAAAGAUAAAAGACAAGUUAGAAUUGCAAAUAAAUACUUUGCAAUUGAGAGUGGAAUCGCUUUGUUUAUCUCAUUCAUUAUUAAUUUGUUGGUGGUUUCAGUGUUUGCAGUUGGAUUCAUUGGUAUUGCGGAUAUCGGAUUGUCUACAGCAGCAACCUAUCUCCAAGAAAAGUAUGGAAAGAUCGCCAAGUACGUUUGGGCAAUAGGUUUGUUGGCUGCCGGUCAAUGUUCGACUAUGACCGGUACCUACUCUGGUCAGUUUGUAAUGGAGGGUUUCCUCAGACUCAAAAUCAGACCAUGGAAGCGUCUAUUGCUGACUCGUCUCACCGCUAUCGUUCCAGCGAUCGUUGUUGCCAUCCUUUCAAACACUCAUCUCGAUGCACUCGAUCAAUGGCUCAACGUAUUACAAUCUGUACAACUUCCCUUUGCUAUUCUUCCUGUAUUAUAUUUCACUUCUCGUGAAGAAGUCAUGGGAAAAGAAUUUAAAAAUCAUUGGUUAAACAAUAUAUUCGUUAGAUUCUUGUCACUUGUUAUCAUUGGUAUCAAUAUCUAUUUGAUUAUUACAUUUGCAACACAGAUUUCGACAGCAUGGUGGAUGAUUUUCAUUCUUUGCUUUGGAUUCUUCUUUUAUUUUGCUUUCAUUAUUUAUUUGUCACUUGGAAAGACACAAGCACAAGUUGUCUCCUCAAAAAUCAGAAGUAUAUUCAAUAGAGAAACUGCUGGUUAUCAAGCUUUUGAUUCCGAAACUGUUAUUCAAUAG